AUGGCGACUUCUUCGUUCCCUCGACGUCCUUCUUCAGCCUUCUAUGAUGUCGCCAUCAUAGGCGGCGCAACAAGUGGCUCAGCAAUCGUCUGGUUUCUCGUGUCGAACCCUGACUUAAAGGGCAAAGUUCCCGUUGUCGAGAAAGACCCAUCUCUUGCCUACUCUGCAACUCAGGCCAGCAAUAACUGCAUGCGUCGGCAAUUUGCGACCGAUAUCAAUGUCAAGAUUGCCCAACACGCUGCCGAAUUUGUCAAAGACUUUCGCAAGAACCUCAAGUGCGAGGAUGACGACGGUAUCCCGGAUAUCCCUGUCCGCAACUUCGGCUAUCUGUAUCUCGCGGAUACUUGUGAGUUUGCUGCCGUUCUCGAGGAAGAUCAAACGCUUCAGGCUAACUGCGGUGCUGGGACUAAGAUGCUGUCGGCGGAUGAGAUAGCAUCCAAGUAUCCUUUCUUCGCUCUAGAUGGCAUCCAGGCAGGCAGUCUCAACACUGUUGACGAGGGUGCCUUUGACGCCCUUGGCAUGGUCCAUAACCUGCGCAAAAGAGCUCAGCAGCUUGGAGUCGAUUACAUCAACAAUGAAGUUGUUGGGAUGACUCGCGUCAACAACAAAGUCACUUCCAUUACACUCAAGACUGGGGAAAACAUCAGCGUUGGCAACGUUGUUAACGCCGCAGGAACCAGAGCUGCCGAGGUCUCGCGCUUUGCUGGUAUAGAUCUCCCGAUUGAGGCUCGUCCCAGAUACACAUACAUCUUCUCUGUAGAUGAAGCUCUGUCUCAAGAUCUCCCGCUCACCAUUGAUCCUACUGGUGUUCAUAUGCGAUCAUAUGGAAAGAAGGAUUAUCUCGUCGGCUGUCCUCCGAUCGGUCCUGAUGAUGCUGUCAACCGCGAUGACUUCAGCUACGCGGAGGAUGUAUGGAACUUGAAGAUGCUGCCUGUUCUCGAGAAGCGAGUUCCUCAUUUUUCUACCGCAAAGAUCACGCACUCGUGGAUGGGCCAUUACGAGUUCAACACGUUUGACCACAAUGCCAUCAUUGGACCGCAAACUGAAGUCUCCAACCUGUUAUUCUGCGUGGGCUUUUCUGGGCAUGGAAGUCAACAAGCUCCUGCUUGUGGACGAGGUGUCGCAGAGCUCAUCACAUACGGAGAGUUUCGCACUCUGGAUCUUUCGGCUUUGAGCUAUGGACGAAUUGCUCGCAACGAGCCUCUGAUGGAACGAGACGUCAUUUAG